AUGAAUUAUGAUGGAAAACGAAUUCAUCAAGGAAUAAAGACAUUUUGGAAAAUCUCCGGACAAAGUGAUAGAGUUUUAUCACCAUCUGCAAGAGGAUCUGAUUUUUAUCAAGGAAUUAUUCUUGAUACAAACAUUAUUUUGCCAGAAAAUGAAGAUAAAAUAAUUUUAGAUUAUACGCUUCAGAAUAAUGGCACAACAGCAAAGAAAAUUGAUUUAUAUUUUAGAACUCGUCUUUACUUUGGCAAUGAAGGUAAGCUUCAAAUCGAACCUUUUGGGGAUUAUCAAGGAUAUCGUUAUUCUAAUCCUAAUACAAAUGAAGAAAUGUAUCUGAUUUCAAGAGGUGGAGAAUACGCAAAUGCUUAUUCAAAUUAUCAUAGUCAGUAUUAUGAAUACAAUUUUUAUACAAAUAUGGAUCCAAGACGAUAUAUUCAAUUUACCAAUCUUUUAAUAUACUGGAAAGACAAACUAAUCGAUGUUGAUGAAGUAGUUCACUUAUAUGUCACUUUUACUCCGAAUCUCCAAAUUAAGCAAUCUCCAAAUGUAAUAAUGAAUACACCAAUAGAAGAUACAUAUCCAGUUAAACAUAAUUUGUUACUAGAAGGCCGAUGUGAAGGAUAUGAAAAUGGCCAAACAAUUGCUUUAUAUUAUCAAUAUAAUUGGGGACAAGUCGUCAAACUAAAUGAAUUUAAUGUCUCAGAGGAAUUGAGGACAAUUGAUUUUUCAUUUGAAUUAAUAUUGGAAUCAUAUAGAACGUCCAGGAUUAUCAAUGUAUGGGCAGUCACGAAAGAUGCUAUCAUUACAAAUUAUUUUUCAAAGUUUCUUUGUACAGGAAGAAAACCAGUUUUAUACAUCAUAACUCCUCCGAAGCAAUUAUAUUACAAGGAUAGUACAAUUUAUGUUGAUUUUGUAGGAAAUAGUGAUAUGUACGCAUAUCUUUAUUAUAAUGUUGAUAACAAAUACUAUUCAUCUUUUAAAUAUAUAAAUGAUGGAUUCAGAAAUCUAACAUAUUUAGGAUAUUUUCAACGAUGGGAUAUUUAUGAGGGAAAACAUAAUAUUACAUUAUACAUUAAAGAUGAUUAUCACUAUUCAGAAUCAUUCUACUAUGAAUUUGAUGUGAUUACAAAGCCACGGCCUUCUCUUUCAUUAUUAAAUGGAUUUCAGGGAAACAGUAGAUAUUACAAUUAUUAUCAGAACAUAUCAAUUCCGAUAAGCAUGAAAGGUGGAACAGUUGGUGAAAAUAUAACCCAUUAUGGUUCAGAAAGAAUGAAAGAGAUGUUUUCACCCCUGUAUACAGUUUUAAUUACAAUGGAACAAACGAGGUAUUUACACAUAAUUUUAAAUUACCCUAUAUUGUUGCAGAUUAUACCCAUUAUUGGACUAUAA